CUCAAUGCUGUAGCCAAACGGAUGUAAAAACAUCGCAGGCUCUAAUAGAUGUAUGUUUCUGUGGUUUGGUUGUGUGAUUCACCGGAAAUGCUAUCUGUGGUAUUCUGAGAAGCAGUUCUGCAAAAUGAUACGUGAGUACAUCAAAGUUCACUUAGACAAGCAUCUUCUUUGGAGUCGGUCUUAUAGGAUUGUUCUUCAUCAUGGCUGGACGCCUGCUGUUUGUCACCCUCAUGUAUUCCUGUGCCAAUACUAAAACACAAGCUCGUCCUCAACUCAUAAUGAAUUCAGCGGUGAUCUCAGAGACGGAAACAGUCACAUUGGACUGUCGAGCUCCAUCAUAUCCUACUGUCCACCAGUGUUAUUUCACCAUUAUCGGAGCAAAACAUGCCAAAGGCUUCACUUGUGUGCAGACACUGACAGGAACUGAACUGUUGAGGAUGUCAGACCAGAGAGCACCUGCUGAGGUUAAAGUGGAUUGUUAUUACACUGUAAUGGUUGGAGACGUGAAUCAUCCAUCUGCACACAGUGUCACAUCAUCCAUCACAAUCCAAAAUGUUGUCAAGUCGAGCACGACGCAGACUAAGACGGCAUCUGCUGUGACCACAGCAGGUCUUUGUGCUUCCAGGCCUGUAACUACUAUAAAGCAAACAUCAGAUCAAACCUUUGGACCAAGAAACUCUGGUAGUUUUAGUUCUCCUCCCCUCACAACAGACAAACCAACAUCAGGUGACACAAAUACUCACAUUUCUUCAUUUUUUUUUACAUUUCAAUAUUUGGUGACACAAAUAUAUUUCUAUAUUGUUUUUUUCCAAAUAUUUAUUCAAUAUUCUUACCACUGAACUCUUUUUUAUAACCAGGAGUUGAAAUUAAAGUGGGCUGUGAUCAUGUGUUUCUGCUUGGUUUGAGUAGUACGUAAUGCUCUGAAAUUAGACAGUAAAGACCUGUUUCUGAUUAUAUAUCAGAAUUUCAUGAUGAAGCUUGUGUGCAACGUUAACAGUUAAAUUGUCAGUUGAGAAGCAACACUUUGCCUCUCCUUUUUUAGAUUGUGUUCUCUUUUUGUAGGCAUUCAGUAUGUUCACACUCCUUCUUGCUUCUGUGUUUGUUGUGAAACUGAAACUGACGUGAUUGUG